AUGUGGCUGAAGUGCUUUCAGUUCCAAUUCUAUCAGCAGCUACAACAGAGCAAGGAGAAACAGCAACAACAGAGCAAGAAGAAGCAGCUACAACAGAGCAAGGAGAAGCAGCAAAAACAGAGCAAGGAGAAGCAGCAACAACAGAGCAAGGAGAAGCAGCAACAACAGAGCAAGGAGAAGCAGCAAAAACAGAGCAAGGAGAAGCAGCAACAACAGAGCAAGGAGAAGCAGCUACAACAGAGCAAGGAGAAGCAGCAACAACAGAGCAAGGAGAAGCAGCUACAACAGAGCAAGGAGAAGCAGCUACAACAGAGCAAGGAGAAGCAGCAACAACAGAGCAAAGAGAAGCAGCUACAACAGAGCAAGGAGAAGCAGCUACAACAGAGCAAGGAGAAGCAGCAAAAACAGAGCAAGGAGAAGCAGCAACAACAGAGCAAGGAGAAGCAGCUACAACAGAGCAAGGAGAAGCAGCUACAACAGAGCAAGGAGAAGCAGCAAAAACAGAGCAAGGAGAAGCAGCAACAACAGAGCAAGGAGAAGCAGCAACAACAGAGCAAGGAGAAGCAGCAACAACAGAGCAAGGAGAAGCAGCAACAACAGAGCAAGGAGAAGCAGCUACAACAGAGCAAGGAGAAGCUUGCGAUGCAACGAGCAUUGGCACAAGGCAGAACAAGGCACCAGGGUGGCAGGGGCGGCGGGGAGGAGCACGCAGGGCGCAAGAGCGGCGGAGCGGAGCAUGAACACAAGGGACUCAAGCGCGCGUCCGUGGGGAGCGGGGGGGAGCGCGAGCGAGGGGAGGGAGAAAAACUCGUCAACCGCAAUAAUGGGGGAAAGCGGGGGGGAUGCGCUGAUUUCUUCCCCGCUUUCCGCCUCUCCGCCUUCCCCGCUCCCACCCCCCCCGCCUCUGCUUCUCCGCGGGCCAAAUGCGCGCGCGGUGUCCCCCUCGGCGGAAACUUUGCUCGCGGUGAUGGUUUCCGUUGCGCGUCUGCUCACCCCCCCUCCGCCCUUCCGCGCAGCCUGCGCAGUCUCUGCUGCUGA